CAAAAAUGACUAUUGUGGUGCCAUAUGCCUUUGGGCUGCCAUUGCCCCUUAGUACAGCACCACUGCAUUUCCACUGUAACAGCACUGCAUUGCCUCCUGUGAUGUCUAAUGCCUGUCCUAUUAAAUGACAUGAACCUGUGUAAAUGAUGGGGCGCGCUUGCUUGGGUGAGAGCUGUGACACAGAAUCACUCUGCCCUCGCUGUUACUACAACCCCAGGGUUAAGGCUUUGUUUUAGUGAUACACACAAGGUAUCUUACUGCAUCAGUACGUACAUCGAGAUGAGCAGUGAAUUAUGUUGUGUUGAAAAUGAUAAGCUCCACUCAUGUACAGUGUUACCAUGAAAUAGAUAUAUUUUAGGCAAGUGUAAAAAUGAAUCCCAUGUGCAGGUACUGUCGACUUAUUAACCCUUUGGGUUGUUUUCACUGUUUGCAGACCUUCUGCAUGUUAUUUCUUUUUUAUAUUUUUGCAAGAGGAAGCAAAUACUGAAACUUUUUUUUUUUUUUCACCAGGCUAACUAACUUUGAGAGUGCGCGUCUUUUUAUUUGAAACACUCUCUGAGUCUUAUAUGUUACUGUGUAGAGCAGGUGGUGGUACCGCGAUCGUUCUAGAAUCUAAAGAGUUUAGCUUUUAACAAGGCGUCUCUCUUAAUGAGCAUUUAUAGAAAACAUGCACAUCGUUAAACCCUCAGGGUGUAAAGUGCUCCAGCAGGUUAAGACUGUUCAAGCUUGACAGCAGAAAAAGCAGGGAGAGAAUUAAAGAGCACGACAUUGGCACAGAUUGCCUUGUUAUUUCUAGUUAAUUGUAGAUCGAUCCUAAUUGACUUAAACCCUGUGAUGCACCUUGUGCACGAAUGACUCGCUAAUCUGAUAUUACACUUGCGAAGGAAAUACAAGUGGAAAGGUUCCUGCAUAAACAGAAAUGGCGUUCCGUCACCUGAGAGUGAAUACAAGGAGGUGAGAUGAUCUUUUAUAUUUGUUUAGGCUGGUGUGUGAAUUCAUUUUAUAUUCAAAGCCUUGGUGAAGCAGAAGAAAUGAUCUCUGGGACCUGGUUCAUGGCCAAAGUGAUCAGUGUUAAUGCUGAGUACCAUUUUUAUAAACCCUGCUUAUCAGCGGCUUCUCAUUUUCAGGUAAGAGCAGACCCCUUCUCCCAGCACACAAGGGCUGAUAAAGAUAGCAAGCAGCCUUGGUCUUCGGUUAGUCCCUCCACGCAAGAAGGUCAUCGUGAUGAUAAUGGGAAACCAUUCAGCAGGGAAGAGCUCCUUCAUCAACUGGUAUGUGGAGGAGCACAUUCAGAAGACAGGGGUUGCGAUCGAGACUCAGGGAUUCACGUUUAUCACAAGCGGACGCAAAAGAGAAUCACUCACACAGUCCAUUCCUGUGAAUUAGCCUUAGGGGGACUGUUGAGACAGAUUACGGGCAAUGCAACCCUCCACCUGUACCCACAUUUCCGAACACUUCAGGAGUUUGAAGGUGUAUCAGACUACCUCUCUACUGAGAUCUCCACCUCCAGACAGAAGAAGUUCAGCCUGGUGACGUUCAUAGAUACCCCAGGGCUGGUGGACGGUGAUAUGAAGUACCCCUUCGAUGUGAACAGUGCCUUAGCUUGGCUUGGUGAGCAAGCUGACCUCAUCUUGGUUUUCUUUGACCCCAUGGGUCAGGCUCUAUGUAAGCGCACUCUGGACAUUGUGGAGCGGCUCAGUGAGACGUGUGGAGACAGACUCCUCUUCUACCUCAGCAAGGCUGACGAGGCGGGCCGGGAGACUGACAGACAGAGAGUAAUGAUGCAGAUAGUUCAAGAGCUUUGUCGAAGACCCGGCCUGAACAAAUGUGGUUUUGAGAUGCCUACGAUCUACAUACCCAACCCACAGAAGCCCAGCCGGUGUGUGAACCAGAUUGAUGGGGUUUGCAAGACGAUCGAGAAGACCAUUAGCCAGGCUGUGCAGAAAACACUCAACCAGCUGGACAAGGACUGCGACCUGAUCUGCAGAACCAUCAGCGAUCAGAUUACACUUGACAGGGAGUAUGUGGGCUGCAAUAAAAGCUCUUACUUGCAAUUCCUCCUGUUUGGCACUCUGGGGAUCCUGCUGCCUGUGCUGCUCGUGAUUAGUCUCCUGCUGAACAGUUUCUCCAGGGACGAGGUAGAGGGAGCUGUGGGAAAGAGCCUGGCAAGCCUUCUGCACUUGAGCACUAGUCUAACAAUGAUUUUGUGGGACUGGAUACCAGAAGACGGGCAGAUCUGGCUCCUGCUUAUUCUGGGUGCCACCUGUUACCUGUUUUUAUCUUUGGCAAAAUACCAUGCAAGUAAGACUUACCAGACCCUUACAAAGAGGGAAAAGCGAUGCCUUGCACAAUACCAAGAUUAUAUUCAGGAUGCCGUGAAACACAAGAAGAAGCUGCUGUACGAAGAGUAUCUGCAUCAGUGUGCAGCAGAGUACGAUCUGGGCUAGAAAAAUAAAUGUCACACCCAAAGCCAUGGGAAUUCUCCUUUGAGAUAUGUAACGUCUGUAAACCAGCAAUAGCCCCAUACUGUACAAGCAGUAACUCAUGUGCAGUUGGGGUUCUACUUCUAUUAAGGGGGUCAGUGCAGUGGCUGUCUAAUAUAAGGUAAUGAGCCGUAUGGACAUUGAUUUUAAAAUGCUGCCAACAACUCUGAGCAUUAAGACUGCAGGUUCAGACAAGUGUAGUGAAUAAUUUUAAAGAAUGCUUUUCUAUGAAUAAAUUCAGUUUGAUAUUUGUUAAAGACAGCUGUCAGCUUCACGAAUAUCUUUCUUUUAUUGACAAGCUGCGAAAUAUUUUUUUUUUUGAUAACACUGAAGUUAAAGCUUGCAAGCUUCACAGCAAUAACAUAACUGACUUUGAUAGGUGCUACUUAAGUGAAUUGUGUUUUAGCUACUGAAAUUAUUUUUCAAAGAGUAAAGCCAUUAUAAUGUGAGUUGUUUUUUCAUAAAGGGACCAACAGGGAUCUGAACAUGAAAAAUCAUCUUAGGCUUUUGUUUGCCAUUCACCUGUGUCUCGUCUUAUAAAUGUUUACCAUAGUAAAGCAUAGUGAAAGCAUAGGUAAGCAUUGUAAAGACCAGCGAGGUGCAGUAAAGCACAGUAAGACACAUGGCAAACCAGGGUAAAGGUAAAUGCCAGUGUAACCAUGGGAAAAGUAAGGUAAAAAUACCGUAGGAUUCACCGGGCUGCUUUUAUUGCAGUUUGGAUUUUUCACAGCAGCAGCCAUCCUUAGUCUUACCAUUGUGUGGUAGAGAAGGCCCUUCUGCAUGGAAAUGAAACUUGCAGAUAUAAGAUACGAUUUUUUAAUGAUGUGUUUAGAUUGACUUUGGGAGAGCGCAAAGAUCAACUCUCUGAAAGAUAAACCAGCUAUAAGGAAACACAUAUCUAAAACCAGAUGAUGGGUUACAUUAUUUUAAAUUAUUUUUGUAUGUAUACCUUUCAGUUUUUUUCUGUGUUUAAUUUCUGUGCCAGUAAAAUACCUUAUGUAUAUAUAUAUAUAUAUAAUAUUUUUUAUAUGACAUUUUGUUCCUGUUGCUUAAUGAAACUAAAUAAGCUAUGAUGUGAUAAUGAUAUGUACACAGUGGCACUUGUCAUUCUAGGAAUGUUCUGACCAGUACAUAUUUUUAUAUAUUUGAAUCCAAAAAAAUGCAACUCAUUUUAAGCCUUGCAUUUAAACUCUUAUUUAUGAAAUGUUUUUUUUUUGUAUUUGAAUAUUUUCCCUUAGUGUCCGAUACUUGUCUGUAUUACAAAACAUUCCUGCCUUUGCAAAGUAAGCAUCAGAGUGGCUGUUUUAAUGGUAGAUGUCUCUAACGCGUGUCAGUGUGUGAUUUUAUAUUAUCUCAGCAAUGUGACUUUACUAAUAAACCUUUUUGUUUAA